AAGCGGGGGAAAGGGGUUUCCAGGCGGGCGGCAGUCAGCCCUUGAGCAGGCGGCCCCAUUGUGAGGCUGCCAAACUCUAGUGGUGGAAUCUGCGAAUCUCUGCCAGAAAGGAGAUGGGAACACGAAGGGAAUGACGGCCCCGUCCCUUCCCCUUGCAGUUGUUCCACAGCCUUAGGGUCUCCCUGCUGCUUCAUCCGCGCCAGUCUGCACCCAGUGGUAUCUGGAAUAGAGCAGAAAAAUUAUGCCUGUGUUCCCUGGGGACUCAUUGGAAAUUGUACAGUGACAUCUUCUGGGAUUUAGUCUGGAGUGUGCAGACUGGUGCCUAAAAUGGAAGUAGAUGUUAAUGGAGAGGCCAGAAGUACCCUGAGCACCCUGCCCUUGCCCGUGGCUGAGGUGAGCUCCCCAGGGAAGGCAGAGGCCGAGAAGCCCCGCUGCUCCAGCACACCGUGCUCGCCGAUGCGCCGGACGGUCUCAGGCUACCAGAUCCUCCACAUGGACUCGAACUAUUUGGUUGGCUUCACUACUGGCGAGGAACUCCUGAAGUUAGCCCAGAAGUGCACAGGAGGUGAAGAGAGUAAGGGAGAAGCUGUGCCUUCCUUGCGCUCCAAGCAGCUGGAUGCAGGACUUGCACGUUCCUCUCGUUUAUAUAAAACCAGAAGUAGGUACUACCAACCGUAUGAGAUUCCAGCUGUCAAUGGCAGGAGGCGAAGGCGGAUGCCCAGCUCAGGAGACAAGUGCACUAAAUCUUUACCUUAUGAACCUUAUAAGGCCCUCCAUGGGCCCCUGCCUCUUUGUCUUCUUAAAGCAGGGUCACCAGCAGAGGAAGAGUGGUUCCAGGAUAUCAUUUUCCACCUUGAGAAUCUUGGCCGAAGCAGUUGCGUCAAUCUGUCCCCAAAAUCUCUUCACCUGGUUAUCCAUGAUGCCUGAAACCCUAAGAUAUCUCACAUCUUCGGGUAAAAUCCUAAAAUGAAAAUGCAAUUUGGAGAAGUGGCAAUGUCUACACUGAUUUUGCAGAGUCAGAUUUAUAAGGCUUGACUACAUGUGACUAUCCUGGGAACUACAUCUACAUUUAACUCGAUGGAUCUAGCAAUGAAGCUUUAUGUAGGGGUCUAUUCUCAUCGCACUUGCUGCAUUUAUGACUUCAUCCCCGAGGGAGGAUUCGUGAGCCAAGAGAUGCAUGAUUUUUCCACUCUAUAUAUACACCUGCUGUGAACUGCAGUUUGGUAAGCCAAUUUUCUGUCACC